AUGAACUCCAUGCUGUUCGUAUAUUGGGAAAAUUUUCGAGCUGUCACUCGUGAUCUGUUUUCGUUUAGUCCAACCAAGUUUGCUGUUCGUGGCAUUAUGGAAUGUCUACAGAUGGAAUUGAGAGAUCGCGGUCGUGAAGGUGUCAUCUGCAGUACGGCGGACCGGCCAUUAUUACGAGCAGACCAGGGACUGUCCAUGGGGCAGCUGGCACGUGCUAGCCCUAGCCUAUAUGUCCAAAAAAGAGAAGCUGUCACUGGAUCACCGGCCUAUUUUUUACUGCCUCUACAUAGGCGACUCUUUUGUGAUCUGUUCAACGGAAGAGGAAAUGGACAUGUGUUAUGA